AUGAAUAACUUUGUUGUGAGACGUUCUCUGUCGACGCUGAUUCCACCCAAGGUUGUGUCUGCUAGUCAACUCAGUAAAGCUCCAAAUGCCAAGAGGGUGGCCAAUAUGGUGAAUUUUUACCAGUCGCUCCCACAGGGCCCGGCCCCUAAAGCGGGUGCGAACAGGAACGGUAUAAUCGGGUGGUACAAAGCCAAAUAUUUCGACGGUGAAAACGCCUCUGGGAAACCCUUAAUGCAUCUAGCGCUAAGUAUCGUGCUUUUGGGUUACUCGAUGGAAUACUACUUCCAUUUGAGACACCACAAGAACGGGGCUUCUGAAGCUCAUUAA